AUGCCGCCGCUUGAUGAGGUUGAUCCUAAUGCCGGCUGGACUGUGGCCUCAACACCAAGGAAAAGGCCCGGCCCAAAGCCUAAGCCUCUUGAAGAGCGGAAGGUCAAGAGGAUCAUGCCAAUCCAACGCCCGGAGAGAAGCUAUUCACCGGAACAGAAGGCAGAAGUCCUCGUGUGGCUGAUCCACGGCCAUGUUAUAAGAAGAGGGUGGAAGAGGAAACCUACGCUUCGUGAUGCCGAGAAGCACUUCAAAAUACCCCUAACCACGAUCCACGGGUGGCACGUUAAGCGUGAGUCUUUCCUUGAAGAACAUAUCCGCAGACUUUGCCCUAAGUGGCCGGACCUUGAAGAUCGAGUAUACCUCUCUUUCUUAGAGCGCCGCGCCCAAGGGAAAGUAGCUACGACCUCCUGGUUCCGCCGGCACGCACAGGCUAUUUACAAGGAGUUAUACCCGGACCAAGCCUCCCGGUUCCCUUUCUCCACCGGUUGGUGGAGGGGCUUUCUUCGGCGUCAUAACAUUGUAAAACGACGAGUGACGAAGCAGUCAACUAAGCGGCCAGAGGAUUAUAUCGAUAUUGUGAAUAGAUUCUUACGAUUCGUUAGACGCAUCUCUACAUUAGGAUUCCAAUCUCGGGCUAUCACGAUGAUCCUAAACUCGCCAAAACGCCGCUUUUAUCGGCGCCUAAUACUCAACCUAGACGAGACCCCAAUACCAUUUGAGUAUCUCGAUGGCUUCACUUGGGAAAUACGCGGCGCAAAAUCGGUCUCUGGGAAAAGCGACCGCAGUGGAUGGAAUAAGCGCCAGGCCACCUUGAUUCUCUAUAUAUUCGCAGAUGGCGAAUUCAGGCUUCGACCGACUAUUAUAUUUCAUGGUACCCCUACCGAUGAAGGCGGCCAAAAUUACGAGAAGGAGCAGCAUCUUUAUUCCCCUGACGUCGACGUGGAGUUCAAUAAAACAGCAUAUAAUAACGAGGAGCUUUUUUCCUCCUGGAUUGACAACAAGCUUCUUCCCCUUAUUAAGGGCGAAGAAGAGGAUAUGUUGCUCGUGAUGGAUGCAGCCACGUUCCAUAAGACCGAAGGGAUUAAGAAGAAAUUAAGGGAUAAUAGUAUUUCCCUUGCCCUUAUCCCCCCUGGCUGUACGAGUCUUUUGCAACCCCUUGACACCGCUAUCAACGCUCCUUUUAAGCGGUGGUUACAGGAGGCAACUGACGAGUAUGUUGAGCGGAUGGAAAGAGAGAAAGGAGAGGAUUUUAACUGGUCAGUUAGUGAUAAGAGAGUUAUGGUUACUCAUGUGGUUGCUUCUGCUUUAAAGCGUCUUAAUGCACAGUCAGAGAUGGUCAAAAAAGCGUUCUUGAACUGCGGAAUAAGCGUACGCCCUGACGGGACCGAGGACUGGCUGAUCCGGAUCAAGGAUAUACCUUCUGAUCAGAUUGACUUCACUGGGUGGGAAGAAGCCGAGGAAGUCAUCGUCAAAGACGAAGACCCCGUGGAUCCCCUAUGUGACGAGGAGGAAUUCCUAGCUGCCGACGAUGACGAGCUUCUUCUGCGUACACGAUAUCACGAAGAAGUCAUCAAGCAGCUGCAAGAGCGGCUGCGGAAGAGGGGCCUCAAGGUAUCAGGGAAGAAGGCAGAUCUGAUCCAACGACUGCGAGAUGAUGAUGACUCGCAAAAUCCUCGAGAAGGAGAUACGAUAUAUAUUAGCUAA